AUUUAAAGUUAGGUUAAGAAGUCAGCAAAGUCGAAAAAAUCAUAUAAAAUUGUUUGCUGUGAAAAUGACUAUUUAUGACAUAAAGGCUAAUUAAAAACAUGAACUAUGAACUCUUUAUUAUGGCGAAAUUACAUUACAAAAUCUUUUACACUCGUAAGAUGUCAUCAAAGACGUGGGGUGUCCAUUUGGUCUCCCCUGGCUGAAGCAUUUAACUCUAGACCCACUUAUAAGUUUCAGUACCAUAAGAAUAAUGGAGGUUUAUUCGGUGUUUCCGAAUUAACAUCUGCUGAUGGUUUUAAUAUAAUAGAAGAUACGUGUAUUCGUAGAACAGAUAAACUUAUAGAGGAAGCUUUAAAUCCUCAGAGACAGAAAAAAAUGGUAGAAAUUUUUGAUGAAAUGUCGGAUUCUCUUUGCCAAGUUGCUGAUUUGGCAGAGUUUAUUAGAUUAGCCCACCCUGAUCAAAGUUAUAGACUGGCAGCAGAAAAUGCUUGUUGUGCAGUAAGUGGAGUAGUGGAAAAAUUAAAUACAAAUAUUGAUUUAUACAAAGCAUUAAAACAAGCUGUUAAAUCUGAUAUUGUUAAAAACACAUCUUUAGAUAAACAUGUAGGAGAAUUAUUUCUUAUAGACUUUGAACAAUGUGGUAUACAUCUUCCAGACAAUGAAAGAAAUAAAGUAGUCAACCUUACUAACAAUAUCUUUACCUUAGGUCAACAUUUUGUUACUAAUUCUUCUACACCUAGGGUUAUAAAGAAAUCUGUUUUACCAAAAAAUGUCAGGAACAUUUUGGAUAGUGAUGGUGAUUCUAUUUUAGUAUCUGGUUUAUACACUGAUUCCACUGAUCCCCUUGCUAGAGAAAUGGCAUAUAGAAUAUUUUUGCAUCCAGAUAGAGAUCAAGAUCAAAUAUUAAAUGCUUUGUUGGAAGCAAGAAAUGAAUUGGCCCAUAUUUGUGGAUUUCAAACAUAUGCCCACAGAGCUUUAAGAGGUUCAAUCUCUGAAAAUCCUGAACAUGUCAUGGCAUUUUUAAAAAAACUUUCUGGAGAUAUUUAUCAAAAAUCUCAGGCUGAUUUUAGUGUGAUGGGAAAAAUGAAAGUUCUUGAAAAUGGUAACAUUGGUCCACUGAUGGCGUGGGAUGUGCCAUAUUUUACACAAAAAGCUAAAAAGGACUGGUUUAGAGUUUCAACAAAAGAAUAUUCUCCAUAUUUCUCUUUGGGUGCUUGCAUGGAUGGUCUCAAUACAGUUUUUGAAGCAUUAUAUGGAGUACAAUUAGUGAUUUCUGAAUUAUCUCCAGGGGAAUGUUGGUCUCCAGAUGUGUACAAACUCUCAGUAAUACAUGAAACUGAGGGACUUCUAGGAUACAUAUAUUGUGAUUUUUAUGAACGAACUGGGAAACCCAAUCAAGAUUGUCAUUUUACAAUCAGAGGAGGUAGAGAACUAACCAAUGGUGAUUAUCAACAGCCUAUUGUAGUUCUUAUGCUCAAUCUUCCAGCACCUCGUUGGUCAAGUCCAUCUCUAUUAAGCCCUAGCAUGGUAGACAACUUGUUUCAUGAAAUGGGCCAUGCAAUGCAUUCUAUGCUUGCCAGGACUAAAUACCAACAUGUUAGUGGAACAAGAUGCAGUACUGAUUUUGCAGAAGUGCCUUCUAUAUUAAUGGAAUAUUUUGCCUCUGAUCAUAGGAUCCUUAGGAAAUUUGCAAGACAUUUUCAGACCCAACAACCAAUUUCGGAAGACAUGUUACAAAGGUUAUGUGCGUCAAAACGGCUUUUUACAGCUAGCGAAACUCAGCUGCAAGUAUUUUAUGCUGCUAUUGACCAAAAAUAUCAUGGACAACAUCCAUUAAAAGGUUCUACUACAGAAGUAUUAGCUGAAACCCAGAAAGAUUUUUAUUGUUUGCCGUACAUAUCAAACACUGCCUGGCAGCUUAGAUUUAGCCACUUGGUUGGUUAUGGUGCAAAGUAUUAUUCAUAUUUAGUGUCUAGAGCUUUGGCUUAUUCUAUUUGGAAAACUUAUUUUGAAGAAGAUCCAUUUAACAGGUCAAACGGACAAAAGUAUAGAGAAGAAUGUCUUAGUCAUGGAGGAGGAAAGAAUCCAAGGAAUUUAGUUACAGACUUUUUAAAAGUUGCUCCUGAUCCUACAGUUUUGGCAAAUUUUUUGACAAACGAAAUUGAAUUCCAUCAAAGUCAAGUUGAAAUGGUUUUAAAAAAUCAUAAGGAACUUUUAUCAUAGUGAUGUAUUGAUCUUUUAUAUGUAUGUAUAUAACUUUUCGUUGUAAAUAAACAUUUCAUUUAA